CACGCAACAAGCAACAGACCAGCCGAGGCAGCGCCUGGGCCCGUGGUCGCGAGAGAAAGAUAGAUAGACCUGCUCACGUAGGCCACAAAGGGGGGCUAGUCAUAAACCGUGCAACACCUGGCGGCACGUCAUUAAUUAUGCAGUGGGCCGCAGCCGCCCUGGCCUCGGCGGCGAUCGCUCUGCUCCUGGACACGGCGGCCGCGAGGCAUCACCAUCGGUCCGGCAAUGGGCACAAACCGUCCGGUGACAUCUCUCUCUGGAUCGACCAGCAACAGAUUAAAAUGUUCAGCGGGCUUGAAAUGGAAAUAUUCGCGAUCACCGAGGGCAGGGUGUUGCCGUAUCUGCUGGACCCCGAAUUCGAGAGUAAACUGCCGAUCAUCCCGAGCGAGGUAACUUACGUGAACUUCACAUGGAAGUCCGGCGUAAAGAAAUAUUACUACAACUUUUACCGGUUGAAAUCCUUCGACGAGUCGAUCCUCAAAACCCCGUCUAUCACAAUCAAAACACAAGGAAGAGUUCCCAAGAGACCGAAGGAAUUCAGCGUGAUGUUGCCCUGUUCCGGCAAUAACUCGGGUAUAGCGCAACUGGGUAUUGGUCUGAUGAUCGAGACACGCAAGGGGAAACCUUUAAACGGAACACCCCUUCGUCUUAACCUGAGAAAAGAAUGCACCGUGCGCGGUGAGUGCGUCAAUCGCGCCCACGAUCACCAUCUCUCCACUCACACAUACAGUUCU